GUUGGCCCCGCCCCUGCCACGUCCGUGCGGCGAGUGCGGCGCGGAGCCGGCGUUGGGGGGAGGCCGCUGGAGCCCCGCGCCCGUCGCUGCGUGAGCGCCCCGGGGGAAUGCAUCUAUGUUUUGAUUUCAGUACACCUCCUGCAACCCCUGCUGCCAUGAUGCCUGAUGACAUACCAAUGUUUGACCCACGUCUCCUUCAGGAACUUGACUGGAGCCAGAACAUAGCAACAUUUUCUCCUGCCAUCUCGCCUUUAGACCCAGGGGGUGGUUUAGUUCUGAGACCCCUUUGCACUGCUGAUAUAAAUAGAGGCUUUUUUAAGGUUCUGGGUCAGCUGACAGAAGCUGGAGUUGUCAGCCCUGAACAGUUUAUCAAAACCUUCGAACACAUGAAGAGAUCCGGUGAUUACUAUGUGACUGUUGUGGAAGAUACAAAUCUGGGACAGAUUGUUGCUACAGCAACACUGGUUAUAGAACAUAAAUUUACUCAUUCAUGUGCAAAGAGAGGAAGGGUAGAAGAUGUUGUAGUAAGUGACGAAUGCAGAGGAAAGCAGCUUGGCAAACUAUUAAUGUCUACGCUUACGUUGCUAAGUAAGAGACUGAACUGUUAUAAAAUUACUCUCGAGUGUCUGCCCAAAAAUGUGGCUUUCUAUAAAAAGUUUGGAUAUUCAGUAUCUGAAGAAAACUACAUGUGUCAAAAAUUCUUUAAUUAAGAACUUCCAGCUUUUCUUUUGUAAAGACUAUUGGUGGAGGACAUUGUGAUACAAACUCAUUCUCUUCAUGGAAAAUUUAAAUAGUUUGUUGCUGCAAAUGUAAUGAGCCCUGUAGAUACCGGACAACAGAUGUGUAAAAAUUGCAAUUUGAAUGACAUUUUCAAAGGUCUCGGGGGGUGAUGAGUGGUUGGUACUAAUUUUACUACUGUUCAGCCUAAGUGAAGCUUUUUUUUUGUUUUGUUUUUUUGUUCUUAGCUGGGUUAUAAAGGGUAUGGUUUUUAACAAAAGGUAUAUAUUUUUAAUCACAAAAUUUUUCUUGCCUUGUAUUUUUCUAAAGUUCUGCGCUUCUUGGUAGCCAAAGGGCAGGUAAUGUGGGGGUUGAGCUUCUCUCUGUACUUCAUUGAAGGAAAAUGUAAUCUGUGUGGGGAACACACCCUAUUACGCAGCAGUAGUAAGGCAGAAAAGGAACUUGUUUUAUUUCUAACCUUAAAACGUAGACUUCAGUGCUAUUGACAUUAAUGUACCUAAAAGUUUCAUAGCCAUUAGCUUCCAAAAAUUAGAUUGAACAGAUUAUAGUUGGAGGGUAUAAUGUGGCUAUAGUAGACAUUUAUUGGCCAUACUUCAUUUAUAUUUUAAAAUAUCAACUGAAUACAGACUACAUAUUCAGGACCUGCACUUUAGCUGAUAUAUUGGAAAGAUUCAAAGCAGUCACUUACAAACUUGUGGCUUGUGCACAGAGCAAGGAAAUUCUAAAGUUGUUUAAAGUGCAAAAUAUUUUUCUCAUCUUGAGUAAGGCUUUCCGUAUUUCUGUUCUAUUUAGAUUAAUGUCAUUUGAGAACAAGAGUUAACACCUUCUGUAUCAGUGAUGUGCUCCAAGUUAGUGAACACAUUUGACUUAUUACUUGCCACACUUAAUUCUACUGGGCCAGAUAUACAUUCUUCUUUGAUGGUAACUGCUUACACAAAUUUAAUUGCUGAUUAGCAAAGAAAUCCCAAAUCCUGGUACCAAAAGCUUGAAGCUGCUUUGGAUUGUCCUGUCUGCUCUUAACAUUGGGUAAAUGAUUUUAGCAAUUCUUGCCACUGAUGGCAAUAAAACCCUUGUUUCAAUGGUAACAUAUGGUAGGAGAGUGACAAAAACUACAGUUAUGAAUAGGGUAUUUUGAGUAAUAAAGGUUACUACAGAACAAUCUCUUCUUGUUUUUGAACAAUUAGGCCUUAGAAACUGUUCUCUUUUCAGCUGAGGACUACUUUAAGUUGUGGUGAGGGUUCUGUUUAAUGUAAUCAAUAGUACUCUAAUAUAUUGUUUUCUUGGUGAUGUCUAGGUUUUAUUUAUUUUUUUUAAAAAAGCAUUGUUUAAUCUAAAAUAAACAGACUGCCAUA